CUGAUUUCUCUCCUCGAACAAUCCUGCACGGCGAAUUUUCAACCAGCGAAACCCCCUGAAAGAUCGGCAGGGGUGCCCCAUCGCGAUAAAUCCAAUGGAAGCACCUAUGCCUGGCUUUUCGCAUUCACCCGGUGUCAAGCUGAUGACCCACGUUCAUCCCCUGAUCCCCAUGACGACAAUCGAGGAGCCAGUGCCCGCGUCCUUACCCCGCAGCGUCGUCGACGACAGUGGCAGCUCCAGCUUCGAGCCGUCCCCCUUGCUGCACGAGACACCGAACCCCUUGUUCCCCACGGCCGCUAUCAGCUCGAUGCAUACGACAGCUUGCUCAAGCCUAACGGGAAAAUCCGUGCGACUGCACAAUUCGUCCAGGUUCACUGAGCACAUCCACCUAGACAUUCCUGACGCAUACGGCAACCUAGGCCACAGCAUCAAACACCCAGGUGCGAGCAUAAACGUCGCUGCGGUUGACGCCACAGUAAGCGAGGAGCUGCGCGCCGCGUUCCUGAACCUCAGCGAAAGGCGCCGCAAGAUCGCCUGGGAGAUCCACGAGGAUUCCCGACCCCUCAGCCUGGGGAACCAGGUGGAAUCGAAAUGCGGCGACCUCGUGUGGGUCAAGCGGCUGAAUCCCACGAUGGAGCAGGAUUGGGAGUGGACUUUUCCGGACUGGGAGGCACCGGAGCCCAACGAGGAGAAGGAAGAGGAGGAGUCGCCUCACAAGCGGGAGACGAGGGCCAGGUCAACGCCAGGGUCGGUGUUUUGGCCGUCGGUGCUUUCGCUGCCCGAGAAUGCGGAGAGGCGGGCCUCAGAGCCUGGUCCGGGGGGGCUCAAACGGGCGCGACCGUUGGCGGCGGACGAGGAGGCGCCGCCGAAGAGUCGUCGGGAGAGUUGGGCUGCGGGAUUGAGGAAGUUGCUCACGAGAAAGAGGAAGGACCCCAAGGACGUCAGUUGCCGGCAGUCGCUCGAUUCGGGCGUUAUGAUGGGUCAGGAUGAAGAGCCCAUUGGACCUAAGAAUGAGCGUUGGGAGGACGCUCUUGUGGUGCAUAUGGAUUAUGAUGGGCAGGCUAUUCUGCCUCCUUUAAAACGACGGCCGAGAUCGGGACACUGGCUUGCCGGAUUGGGUAUCAACGAGGUGUAAUAAAACCCUCUAUCCUACUCCCCUUGGAGAAUUGACACCAGGAAAGAUGGGUUGUGUGGAGUAAUAACCGUGUUUGUUCAUUCUACUUCC